UUAAUUAGUAAAAAAGGGAUCCCUUACGUAUCUUAUAUUAUGUCUUCUUUCCAAAGCCUUUUGCAUCUCUACAAAUGACCGCGCAAACAGUCACCAAACCUACCGGCGGCGGAGCCGCCGGCGAAUCCACCGCCGUACCUGCAGCGACGAAAACAGGCUUAAAUCCAGUAUUUCCGGUGAACAAUCAGAACUACAUCACGCAACGUCCAGCCUACCUCCGCCUACAGCCUCCGCCGAUGAAGAUCCGCCGGCGGAGAUGCUGCUGCCGGUGCUGCCUCUGGACAGCUAUCGUCAUCUCCUUCCUCAUCCUUCUCGCCGCCUUCGCCGGCGCCGUGUUUUAUGUCCUCUACCGCCCGGAGCGCCUUAACGUAACCGUCAAUUCUCUUCGCCUCGCCGAUUUCAACCUCACUGAAACGAGCAUAACCGCUGCCUUCAAUUUCUCAGUCACCGCGCGCAAUCCGAACAACAGAAUCGCAUUCAAUUUUGACGGAAUCUCGCUGUACUUGCGCUCCGCCGACGUCGACGUCGGGGACGGAUCCUUCCCUGGCUUCAUCCUCGGCGAGAACAACGUCACGACUAUGAGAUCCGUGAUUUCCAGAUCUAACUCGCCGAUUCCCGAAGGAACUGACGUCUCGGCGCUUAAAUCUAGCUUGAAGAUCAAGCAACUGCCGCUGAAGAUUGUAAUGGAAACCAAAAUGCAGGCACAAAUCGGAAAACUCGCGACGAAAAAGCUCAAAAUCAGAUUCACCUGCGAUGGACGCUCCGUUCCCCUCCCCGUCGCAAAGGCGCCGCCGCCAUCGACGGUUUCCGGCGUCCGCUGCAAGGCUAAACCGAUAAUCAAUAUUCUCGAUUGGACCUUAUGAUUAGAA